ACACUUUUCGAGCGCGCUCUGCCUCCGGAAGAAGAAAGAAUAUUGGCACUUCCAGAGUCCGCAUCGCGCUUCUUGGCUCCAUCAGCCGUCGAACCGUAAGGUUAACUUCGCGGAAAAGUAAUAAUUUAUUGAUAUCGGCGCCACCCUCGGCUCAGUCAUGGGUAAAAAGUCUAUCAGAGACUGUCGCGACUUCGGACUGGAGUUUUAUGUGUACCUAAAACAAACAAGGCGCACUGAUAUCACAGAAAGACAUUUACUCGACGACAUUUACAACGGUGAAUUCAGAAACGGAAGGCAUGGAGUUUCAUUUGGCUCAGUUCUCUAUGGUCUUUCUUGUUUUGAGAAACUGAAAGUGAAACAUGGCACCAGAGUAAUUUUUUUGAAUCAGAUAAACAACUUGAAGUGGAGUCAGCCUUCAAGGGUUGAUGUUGCUGAUAAAAAAGGGAUUGAGAUCUACUCUGACCGUCAGUUUGAGGAUGGGAAGAUUUCCUUUGAAGUAGACAACAACAGCGAGCUCACAGUGCCUCUGUACAUUGAAAACACUGGCAAUGAAACAGUGCAUUUCAUCGACUAUGCUGUUCUGCGCGGGUUUGCUAACUUCUCACUGGAGGUUGAGUACAAUGUGCACAAGAAACACCCACUGGAUCUUCCUCCAAGAUGCAUUCAUGAAGUUGAGGCCAAAUACAGCACUUGUGGUUUUGGAGUAGAGUCAGUGAUGCUUGCUUUUGAGUUCAAACUCGAGAGAUCCUCUACUUCUUUUUACAUUGUGCGCUUUAUUGAAGCUAAGUGUAAGACCACACUGGGGAGAAAUGCCCUCAAUCGGCCUCUUAGCCCUCCAACAUGGACCCCUUCAACCACGGUCACUAUUGAUGGCCAGCUUCCUGAAAGUUUGACUGAGAAGAAGCAAACUAAUCUAGUAUCACUGUAUGAAUAUAAACUACCUAAAGAUAUGAACCAUCUCAUCUUGGCCCUCAAAAAGCCAGGCAUAUACUGGGAUCAAAGACAACAUAUAUUAGAAACCUCUCUGAGCAACAACUAUGAAGAGAAGUUACAUCUGUUGUUGCAUUUGGAAGAGUAUCAAAUGGAGAGAGAUAUCAGGCGAUACAACAUUCCCAAUGAUGACCAGCAGGAGGUGAUGAUGGAGAGGGACCCUUUUAACAAAGAGCUUCUGAUUCUGAAGAUUACUGCUGAAAAUCGGCCUUCUCUGAUGAAAGGUGACCAGCUGCUGGCCUAUCCUGUUGAAGAGACAAAGAAGAAAUAUCAAGGUUAUGUCCACUCUGUUCAACAGGACAAUGUCAAACUGGGCUUUAACAGAGAGUUGCUGGAUAUCUUUGUAAAAGGUAUGAAGUUUCACAUUGAGUUCAGAGUAAAUCGUCUGAAUCUGAGAACCCAGCACAGAGCAGCAGAGUUUGCUGUGAGAAGUGGACUGGCCCCAGUGUUGUUCCCUGUGGCACCCCCUUCACCUGCUCCACAACAGACUCUUCCUGAUCUCAAACUUUUUGACAAGAAGUUGCAGAAUAAUCCAGAGCAGUAUCGAGCUGUGCAGAACAUUGUUGCUGGUUCCUCUAAGCCUGCCCCUUACCUAGUGUUUGGUCCACCCGGGACAGGCAAGACUGUAACCAUGGUGGAGGCCAUCAAACAAAUAGUCAAAUGCCAGCCUCAGAGUUGCAUCCUGGUCUGUGCCUACACCAAUAAAAUUGCUGAUCACCUCUGUCAGAGCCUAUUGAUGGAUGUGGAGUCUAAAGUGAUCAGGAUAUAUGCUAAGAACUACAGCCCUCAGGAUGUCCCAGACAAUCUCAAGGCCUGCUCUAACCUGGCUCAGAACCAUUUUGAAUUUCCCAAGGAUAUUAAAGAUCUGAAGUCAGUCAACAUCACAACACUGUUAACAUCUUCGAGAUUUGUGACAAACAAUUUUGCCAAAGGCCAUUUUACUCAUGUGUUUGUGGAUGGGGCAGAACAAGCUGAGGAGCCAAAGUGCAUACUGCCACUAGCAGGACUACUCCAUCCAGAGACCGGUCAGGUUGUUUUGGCUGGAGACCCUAAACAACUCGGGCCCAUUAUCAAAUCUCCAUUUGCUCGAAGAUUUUGCAUGGGGGUGUCUCUGUUGGAGCGUUUGAUGACAGACUUCCCUCUUUAUCAGAAAACCAAUGGCGUGUUGGAUAACCGCUUUGUGACUGAACUUCUCCGCAACUACAGGUCACAAAAAAGGAACAAAAAUAAACAAAAAUACAUGUAUUGCAAACUGUCAUCAUGUUGUUUUAGGUCUCAUCCCGCAAUUUUAAAAAUUCCCAAUGAGUUCUUCUAUGACGGAGAACUUCAAGCUUGUGCUGACAAUCAGUGCAAUUCCUGCUGUUUGUUUGGAUUUCUCCCUCAAAAGGGUUUCCCAAUAAUCUUCCAUGGAGUAACUGGUUCGGACAGCGAUCUCUUAUUCAACACUGCAGAGGUGGAUGUGCUCAUGGAUUAUGUGAUGGAACUUUUGCAAACACAGGGAAAGAACGGCUCUACUAUCUCUCCACAAGACAUAGGCAUCAUCACCCCCUACUGGAGACAGGUGAAGAAAAUUUGUGUGGAACUUGAGAAAGUAGAGAAGGACUACAAAAUCAAAAACAUGAGCAUCUUAAAAGUUGGAACAUUGGAGGAGUUUCAAGGUCAGGAGAGGAGAGUCAUCCUGGUGUCCACAGUCUGCACAAGUUGGCUGAAUGACAAGUGGUUCAAUGUGGCUGUGAACCGUGCCAAAGCCCUGCUGAUCAUUGUGGGAAACCCCUGGGUGUCGAAUUUAGAUUCCUCUUGGGCACAUUUCAUUAGCUACUGCAAAGAAAAAGGAGGGUACAGAUGGUGAUGGAAUUUAACAUUCUCAUGAGGGAAGCCUAUUCAACAGCAGCAGCUUGAAGAGAAUGGAGGAACAAAAAGAAGGAGCAGAAAAGAUCCAAUUAGGGGUCCGAGUUCAGUUCAUUUGAGUAGAAUCUUUUUUUUUUUGGCUCUUUAAAUUAUGUUUAUGAAUCCUUGGAGAGCUUGGCAGCCUAGAGUCAUUGUCAACUACUUAUAUGGCUGGAUAGAAUGGUAACUUAAUAUUUUUUUGAAAAUACAUAUUUUUUCCAAUUUUUUUCUCUCUAAACUGGCAAAAUGUCCAAGUGUACAAUUAACAUAAAGCCAUUUUUCACAACAGA